AUGCCCGUCAACUCAUUCAACCCGGACAACCCGUCGCCAUGCCCGUAUAACCCGAGUAACCCAUUCAACCCGGGCAAUCCGUUCAACCCGGACAACCCAAGCAACCCAUUCAACCCGGGCAACCCGUUUAACCCGGACAACCUGUCGCCUUUACCGUAUAACCCGAGCAACCCAUUCAACCCGGGCAACCCGUUCAACCCGGACAACUCGUCGCCUUUCCCGUAUAACCCGAGCAACCCAUUCAACCCGGACAACCCGUUCAACCCGGAUAACCCGUCGCCUUUCCCGUAUAACCCAAGCAACCCAUUCAACCCGGGCAACCCGUCGCCUUUCCCGUAUAACCCGAGCAACCCGGGCAAUUACCCGCUAUGGAGCGGACCUACACCUAGCAGGUGUGGUGAUGGUCCCAUAAGAGCGACGAGCCCCCGCAGCGAGGUGCCUAGUUCGCUGCAGACUGCGGGCUUCAGGGCCAUGAGGGUUCCAGGGGGCACGUUCUAUGUGAAGCCAUCACCUAAUGUGGUGAUCCAGCUGCCACCCAUCCUCGUGCAACCGUCGCCAUUGAGCCCAAUCCAGCCGCCAUCGAUCGUAGUCAGGCCACCACGCCAGCCCCCCGUCACCCCACCACCAGUGCUCGUGCGACCACCACAGCUACCAGCAAUCACCCCACCGCCAAUCACUGUGAGACCACCACAGCCACCGCCGAUAUCCCCCCCACCGAUUGUAGUUCGACCACCUACCCCUGCACCGAUACAGCCAGAAUCCAUCAGGGUGAACCCACCACAGCUUCCUGAUAUUCGUCAGCCGCCAUUCGUUGUUAGAGUGCCGCAACUACCGACGCUUCAACCUCCAGUAAUCAGUGUACCGAUCAGCGGUUUUAGUAAUAAUCCGUGUAACCGUCUUAUCCCGUUCAGCCCAUGCGGUACUUUAAACCCUUUUCCAUGCAACCCGAGCAACCCUUGUAACCCGUGCAGCCCGUGCAAUCCAUACCCAAGUCCGUGCAGCCCACGCAAUCCAUACCCAAGUCCGUGCGAGCCGGGCAAUCCAUGCCCGAGCCCGUGCAACCCGUGCAAUCCAUCCCCGAGUCCGUGCGGCCCGUGCAAUCCAAGCCCUCCGUGUGGCCCGUGCAAUCCACGUCCCCCAUUAUAUUAA